AUGUUCAGUCUAACUAUGAAUGGAAGACGUUUAAAAAUGGCUGAUGAAAGUGAUACACCUGAAGUAUCAGAAUUAAAACAAAAAAUUAAUAAGUGGCUUGAUGAACAUAAAAAUGUACUUGAACUAAAUAUUCGUGAAACUUCACCAAAUCAUGGCCUUGUCGGUUAUUAUUCCGUAAUUGGACAAACUCAAAAUUUUACACAAUGCGGAACAGCACCAGACUCUCUCUUUAUUCAUUCGGCUGAUAACAUGUAUUUUAAUAUUGGUUUCGCAGAGAAAAUAUCUCGAACAGAUUCUGUUGAUACAUUAAGAAAACAAUUUCAAUUUGUUGCAUUAGAUAAAUUACCCAUGCCUGAUCUUCAAGCACCAUCUAAUUGGAUCAUUACUCCUCAAACGCCUAUAUCAUCGUUUUCAGAUGGUGUCACAAUUGAAUCAUUUGAAAAUGGACGAAUUCGUUAUCAUAUUGAUACGAAUUUUUUUGCCGUGUAUGGAAACAUACCACAGGAACAUCCGAUCAUGGAUGCACCAUCGCCACCGGGUACCUAUUUACAAGUUAGAAGAAAUUUUCAAGGUAAAAUCACCAUUGAUAUGCCAAUGUUUGCAACAUGA